AUGGAUUAUUCGUUUGAAAAUGAUAUUCAAAAAAGAUUUUUUAAAAUUCCACAAUUUCGUCUAUGUUUACAAGAAUAUCUAUUUAAACGGCUUUCAUUUCAAACUGAAAUCAGUUUAUAUUCUUCACGAAAAAAAAGCUGGCAUGAUACUGAACAAACUAUGUAUCGAAUUCAGUUAGUCGGCAAAUAUGAAAAUAAACCUGAUACAAAAGAAGUUUUGCACAAUACGACGAAAAAGUUCCUGCAAAACAUUCAUUCAAAAGUAUAUAAUCAUAAUACUAUAGGGUUGAAAUGGUUCAUUUCGUAUACCAUGAGUAAAGAAAAAAUGAAGUUUCUUCAUGAACUUGUGAAUAAAAAAAUCAAUGAUAUAAUUACAAUUUUUGAAUUAGAUAGAGAUAAAUUACAUAUGCAUUAUUUUCCCAAACAAACAUCUAAUACCACUGACACUGACCCAUUGAUGAACUUCAUUGAAAAUGAAAUUUUACAAGAAAUUAUACCACUACCACUUCCACACGAAAGAUCUUUACAAUUAGAUAAUGAACUAAAGCAAAUUACGUCACAAGAAAUGAAAAAUGAUGAAAUUCUAAUUACACGCAAUGGUAUCUCUCGACACGCCAAUCAAAAAGAUAUUGUCCUCUUUGGUUAUGAUAGAAAAGUAAUUGAAAUACAAAAGCAAAUUUUAACUGUAAUCGAAAAAUAUAUUCUCAUCACAUACAAAUUAAAUUCUAUAGGACAAUUUCAAAUUAACACAUUGGAUGAAGCUCACUGGAGUGCAUUGGAAGAUAUUGAAACGCAACACAAAGAUUGUGGUGUUGAUAUUCGAUUGACACUCAACGAGUUUUCAGCUCCUCGACAUUUAAAAGAUGAAAUUGAAUCAUCUAUCGAGAAACUUUUAUCCCAGCCAGCAACAACCAUUGAGUUCAGUAGUAUUCCAUUGCUUACUGAUAUUGCUGAGAAAGAAGAACAACAUGUACGAGCCAUUGCUCAGCGCUGUUAUUGCAGUGUUAAAACUGAAUUACUGUGUAACUAUCAAUCGUAUCCUUUACCAAAAGCAUCGAUAUCCAACAAGCAAAUUUCAAAAGCAAUACUAGAACAAUCUGAACUAUUUUGCUCGUCCCCCGAUGUAUACAAAAAAAGGAUUAUAGCCGAUGGAUCAAUUGAACUUCGUACAGGAGAUAUAGCUUUACAAAAAGUUGAUACAAUUAUCAUUUCAACAACAUUCAAUGGAUUAAGAGAAGGUGUUAUAGACCGACUUGGUGAAAUAGAUUAUGAAAAAACUCAUUCCGACGUCGAUGGUACGAUGUACACUGAAACCAACGGAGGUAAACUAAAUUGUAAACGAGUUUUAUUUACAAAUUGGUUACCAAAUUCAUUAAUCAAUAAUGAUAAUGCAUUACGACUAUCAAUAAAAAUAUUUAUUUCGAAAUCUUUCGAAUAUACAAUACAAGACAAUGAUACUCUAUCCAUUGCAUUUGCUGUACCAGAUUCAUGUAACAAUGAAAAUAUUCUAGCUGAUGAAAUGAUUCAUGAAGCUAAACGACAACUGAAAACAAGAAAAUUACCAUUAAAAGUUUCUUUCGUAUGCUUACCGGAACAGAAAACUCUUUACGAACAAUUCUCUAAUAUUUUUCAAACUAAAAACGAUGUUGGUAUAUAUGUCGAUUGGCUUAAUACAAUCAUCAAAGUAACACUGAUUGGCUAUACAAUUGAAGAUGCACAAAAAUGUGAAAAGACAAUAAGCAGUUAUCUUUCCCGAUGUAUUUCUUCAGUGAAAAUAACUAAGUCGAAUGAUAUUUUUCAAUCCUGGGAUCAACACGCAAUAAAUUCAUUUUAUAAAUAUUGUAAAGAUCGAUGUAUAUUACCAAAAAUCGCUGAAACUAAAAACGAAAUAGAAUUAAUGGGUCCACCUACGAGUAUUUUAGAAAUAAAAAAGAAACUAUUGAUCUUGUCUGAAUUAAUGGCGGAAAAGCUACGUGCUACAACAACAAUGGGACGGCCAAGUUCAGCUAUGAGUCAUUCCACUGCACGAUCUGAAAAUAUAACUAAUGUUAGAAUGGGUAGAUUAUACAAUGUUGUUGUUAGUUAUAGCCGAAAUGAUUUGAGAAAAUGUCAACGAUUAAUCAAUCGAUUAACUGAAGAAGGUUUUUCCAUCGGAACACAUUCGAAGGUAGCAGACGAACAACAUGAUCUAUGUUCUGAAAUGGAUAAAUCAGAUUGUAUCAUACUUUGUAUUAGUGGAAACUAUUAUGAAAAUCCAUCAUGCAUAGCAGAGGCUAAAUAUGCUUUUCAAACGGAUAAAAAAGUGUUUCUUGUUAAAAUCCAAAAUAAUCCCAUACUUGGUUGGAAUAGUGAUCCUUUUGAUGGGAAAUUAUUUUUUAAUUCAUUUGGUUCAGAUCUUUACUUUGAUUUGGAAUAUGGUCGACUAUUAAUUGAAUUAUUACGAUUUACGAAGCCUGGAUUUACUUCUGUUUUACAACGAAGAUCCAGCCGUGCACAAAUAGAUCCUUCAAUACUACAACAGUCAUUAUCGAUUGAAAAUUCCUCAAAAACAAAACAUCGAGAGGCGACCAAUUCAAGUAUAAAAUCACUAAGUACAAUUAUUAGUAAUACUAAAGAAGAAAGAAAAUCAAAUGAUCAUUUAAAAAAUAUUGUUCCUAAACGAGAGCUGAGUUUCUUGGAAGAAUGUUGGCUUCGAAAGUUAAUUGAUAAUCAAAAACCAAAUUUAACAUUAUUUGGAUUUGAUAGAAGGGAAUAUAACAACGAUGGUGACGAUGGUGAUAAUAAAAGAAAUUCAGCUGAACUGCUUGCAAAUAGUUAUAAAAUUUCAGAUAACUAUGUGAACUCAAUUCUGUAUACAAGCCCCUUCUGUGGUCAUUCAUCAAAGCCCAGUCCAUUCUCUGUUGGUCGUGGAUGGUCCUCAGUACAUGAUACUCCGAUGUUAGAGUGGCAUGUCAAUAAAAUGCCGAUAGAUGAAGAUCAAACAUAUGGAAAGCCUACAGAAAAGUUAGAAGUUCUCAAUGGUUUAUCUCAGGUAUUUCCAACUACUGAGCAUUCUAUUGAUGAUUUUAUACCACGUCGACGGCCAAGCAGAUAUUUUUAUUCUAUAUCUUAUAAUGGAGGUGAUGGUGAUUAUCGAGAUGCGAAACAAAUGAAAGAACGUCUUGAACUCGAGAAUCCAGAAAAAAUGCAACACAUCCGAGUAAAACUUGCUGACUAUUUUAUGAACACAUAUAAAAAAUAUACUAGAGAAGAAUUGGAUUUUUAUUUAACAUUUGCACAGCGCAUGAAAGAUAAUACUGUGAAAUUUGAAGCCUUCUGUUUGACAAUUACAGCUACAACAAAUAAAUGA